AUGUUCAUCGUCAUCCUGGCCUCUGCAUCCCCGCACCGACCGCUUCAGAUCACCGAGCAGAUGGAACUGCACGCAGAUCAGGCAAUCAAGGCCAUUGAGAGGGCCUUGCACGUAUUGUGCGAGAAGGCCAUCAGCACAAGCGUCGAGAUCUCCCAGUCCGUCGUCGACGCGUACAACAAGGCCCUGAAGAAGAAACCAGCACAGAAGAUCAUCUGCGGCUUCUCACGCAGGUUCGACGCCUCCUACCGGGACGCACACAAGCGCCUCACGUCAGGUGCCAUCGGCACACCGUCCGUGUUCCAGUCGCAGACUGCUGACAAGCUCGACCCAUCCGGCUUCUUCGUCGCCUAUACUGAGUUCAGCGGUGGAAUCUUUGUCGACUGCUCCACUCACGACAUUGACCUCGCGCUGUGGUUCUUCGGCGAGGACACCAAGGUCAAGAGCGUGUCUGCCGUGGGCAUCACAGCUGUACAACCCGAUUUGAGGAAGCACAAUGACCGUGACAAUGCAGUCGCUGUUGUUGAAUUCUACGGCGGCAAAAUUGCGCAGUUGUUUUGCUCCCGCAUGAUGGCUGCCGGUCAAGAGGACACGACCGAGAUCUUCGGCACAGCUGGCAAGAUCGCAGUCAACACACAACCUCAGCUCAACCUGGUCAACCUGUUUGAGCCUAAAGGCAUCCGCCGUGAGAUCCCCGUUGACUACUACGGUCGCUUCCGGGAGGCAUUUAUCACCGAGGCAAACGAGUUCACGGAGUGCUGCCUGAAUAACACUACACCACCGAUGAAGCUGGAGGGUGCGGUGAAUGCCGUCAAAAUCGGAUGUGCGCUGCAAGAGAGUUUGAUCACAGGAAAGAAGAUCGAGUUCGAUGAGACCGGGAGGAGGUUUGAGCCGCCUGCGAGGGCCAGACUGUAA